AUGUCAUCGGCGAUCAAGCAAGCGGCACAGGACAUUGGCGAGCAGCGUUUGGAGUACGGGACACAUUCGCUCAGGGGCGGAGGUCCUACAGCGCUAUUCGCGGAGGGAGUCGAUCGACUUAUGAUCAAACACUUUGGUCGGUGGAGCUCCGACUGUUACGAACAAUACGCACGCAUGGACAGAACGACUAUCAAGAAGCUGGCACCCAAGGUUGAUAAACGUGCUGACGGUCUGCUCAUUCGUCGUUAA